AUGACAUCCAAGUCACUACCCGUACGCGCAGCCCUGAUUGGGCUUUCCUCCUCUGGCACUACGUCAUGGGCUACUAAUGCCCACCUUCCCGUUCUCAAGACACCCGCUGGCCGCUCAAAAAUUGCUAUCACUGCAUUGCUAAACAGCAGUGUCGAUGCCGCAAAAGCCGCGAUACAAAAACAUGAGUUCCCCGCCACUACCAAAGCUUACGGUGGCCCCGAAGACCUAGCAGCAGACCCAGAUAUCGAUUUCGUGAUAUGUAAUACAAGAGUUGACAAGCACCGCGAGGUUAUCAUGCCAAGUAUCAAAGCGGGCAAAGAUGUCUACGUCGAAUGGCCAAUCGCCUCAAACAAAGACCACAUCCAAGAAAUAGUCGAGGCAGCACGGCAAAGCGGAUCUAGAGUGGCAGUAGACGGAGGCAAAGGGGAGCUAGGGAAAAUCCUAAGUUCAAGCGUCCAAGCCUUUGGCGGCGUUCCUUUCAGAGACAUGAUGCCCCCAGGUUUAAUCUACUUUACUGACAAAGAAAUCGGUGGAAACAGCAUCACUAUCGGCGUCGGCCACAUUCUUGACUCCAUCCUCACAGUCCUCGGCCCCCUCUCCCCCUCAAGCAUCCACUCCAAAUCCCAAAUCCAACGCCCAAACCUCGGCGUUCCCGACACAGAAACUCAAAAAGUAACACGCCACAUAACCUCCAACGUGCCCGACCUCCUCUCUCUCCACGCCACUCUGACACCCUCCGCCCAAACAGCCCCAAACGCAACACUUGCCUUUCUCUUUCGCAAUGGCCCAGCCUUUCCCAGCGACCCCGCACUUACCUGGUCCAUCAACUGCGAAAAGGGCGAAAUCAAACUCGUAUCGCCUACGAGUCCUUUCUUUCAGUUUUCAGAUAACGAUGCGGCUGUGAAGAUUCAGGUGCAUGAUUUUGCGAGUGGGGAGGUAAGAGAUGUGGGGUGUGAGUGGAGCAAGGAGCAGAUGGAGGUGCCAAUUUUGGCGAGGGAUGUUAUGGGGUGUUUGCUUGCGUUUGUGGAGGGGAGGGAGGAGGGAGAUGGGUGGGUGGGGCUUGAGGAUGCGGCGAGGUUUGCGGAGGUUAUAGGGAGGUUUGUGGAGGUGUAG